UGUGCCUCGCGCGUUCGUCAGUCAUCAGUGAACGGACGACGUGUUGAAAUACAACAUAUUGUUUGUUUGUUCGAUUAGACUCAAAACAAAAUGUAUUCUCCGUUAGCUUUGUGGCUGUUGUGUGUUGGUGUUGUUUUCAGAGAGUCUCUGGGCUGCAUUACGUGUUUGGUGGAUGUAAACCAAAGAACUCGCCUGUGUUGGGGCUACACGAUCAGCGAAAACAAAGUCCAGAGUAUGGACGCGUGCUUCAAUACACUCAAACGUCUUUUCGACGACAACACCCAAGUCCUCCAGGCUGGCAGAGUAGGUAAAGCCUAUGGAAAAAAACUGGCCGACAUCAUGAAAGCAGAGAUCCAGCUCCUAGUGGAUGAGUUUGACAAAAAACAAAAUCCUGACACACUGUAUGAGACUAGGUUGCAGACAGCAGCAGGCAAUUUCAUCGCUAAAGCCCACAAACUGCCUCGAGACACUGGAUGCGUCCCCCCGUGCGGUUUUCAGGUUGAAGGUGCCAUUUAUAGCUGUAUUAGCUGCAAGUACGAUUCCUGCGCAUUCCCACUUGACUGUCCAGCUGAGAAUAUGACGGUUACAGAGAACAACAAGACUCAAAUGCUAUGCAAAGUGUCAUUUCCGUUACCAAGCAGCAUUGGGAUAGUAUGGAGGUUUGCAGAGCAGGUGAAAACUCAGGAGGUGGAUCAGUUUAGAGAAAUGACAAUGGGGGAGGACAAUCUUUAUUCCAUCCCAUCCACCAGGAAGUAUCAUCAGGGCACUUACCAGUGUGAGAUAUACUCCGAGAAAACAUCUAUUGUCAGACUUUACUUCUAUCUCACAGUGACCCCCCAUGUCGUAGUCGUAGUCGGCCAUUCCAGGCUGCAGGAGAUAUUUGAGCUGUCUCUGCUCCCGGGAGGGAAGUUACACACUGGUGCUCCUCUCCCCUCUCAGCAACACCUCGUGCUCAUCGCCAUCUGCUUUACAUCUUUGCUGCUCCUCCUAAUCCUAUCCUUAGGGACUCUGUUUUUGUUAUCACAAGCAGAGAAAACGACUGUCCCUGAACGCAUCAGCGGAAUUGAAGAUUUAGGAUCCUGAGAGAUAUUGGGUACUCUUAACAGCCCUUUCAGACGAUGAACAAAGGCUGCAGUUCAUUCUUUUUACCACCAGAGGGCGACAGAGACAACGGAGUAGCGAUAUUUGAUCAUAGCAAGGUUUAUAAUAAUAAUUAUGAUGACAUUAAUGAUAGCAAGAGCAAUAAUCAGACAUCUCAACGGGAAAGUCUGUGUACACGCCCCGAUUACAUUCCUUAUAAAUUAAUUACAUUUGAUUAAUUUCCAGUCUAGUGAAAAUGACUUAUUUUUCAUUUUAGAAUAGUUUAUAUUUGUAGUUUUAUUUGACCAAUUCUGUAAUGUAUUUUUUAUGUUCAGGGACAUGGAUUUUAAAAUGUACUUCUGACACAAGAAUACAUUUUUAGAAACUGGCAAA